GGAUCUUAUCGGCUUCGGCUAUGAGGAGCACCAGGGUUAAAAAAAUGGCGCCAAAAGGAGCCCAUAUGUCGCGGGCCCAAGAGGAGGCUCUCGUCUCUUUCAUAGAGCAGCACCCAUACCUGGCGAAACCGGGGUUCUCGCAUCGAGUGCCUGUUGCUCGGAAAAACGAGCUGUGGGCCUCCAUAACGCGAACACUGAACGCCAUGGGGCCCUCAAAGAAGCCUGCCAAACGAUGGCGCAACACUUGGGCAAAACGGUCUUUUAAGUACAGGUCUGUCGCGGCACGUUUAGCGGCAGCGAACAAUGCGACGAGCGACAUCGUCCAACUACCGGGACUGGGCGGCCGCAUCCUCGCCCUUGUCGGCACUGCACUGAGUGGCGCGAAGUCCGGGCCACACCUUUUCGAGGACGGUGACGACGAGGACGAGCCUGAGGAGGAGGACAGCCCCAUGUGCCCAGAAGAUCCUCUAUCACAAGCCCCCCAGGUUUCAGUAAAGGAAGAGCCGGGAACGAGUAGUCUGCAGCACUGCCACCCGGCAGGUGAGGAGGCCGGGUGGCCAUCUCGACAGCCAAGUGCCGACAGUGUGAUCGAGCGGAUUUUCGCCGAGCAGCAGCGUCAGGGUGACCUGCUGUCGCAGAUGACCGAGCAGCUGCAGCAGCUGGUUGAGAGCAACCAAAGGCUCGAGGAACGCAUGGGGCACGUCGUGGAGCACAUCACGGUCCAGAACACUCAGGCACAGGUGCUGCAGAAGGAGCUUGUCGGUCUCCGGGAGGCUGUAGAGCGCUCUGUGCAGGCGCAAGAGUUAAUUGCGACUGUGCUCUCGCACCCCCGGAAGCCAACGUAGUGUUCAACAUGGCGAGCAAUGUCUGUCCUCUUCGUGCAGUCUGGCCUCCUUAUAACGAAGUCGUAUUAGACAAAAAAAAAGAAAAAGCUUUGCUGUAUUCGAGAUUCGUUAUAAGCAUAUAUUUGUUACGUGCUGAUAUCAGUGCGACAUUUUAAAUUUACCUCAUUAUACCUGAUAAUUCGUUACAUUCUUGUUUGGCAGGUUGAGUUUUGGCUGUAUCUAACUGUAUAUAUAUCACUUGCUUUAUCAUCUGGGCUGUUCGCCGUGUUGGUCGUAAACUGACUAGCCCAGCUUAUAACUCCUGGCAAGGUGUAUUUAAUUCCUCUUGUGUGUAUGUGGGUGUGCGUGCAUGUUUUCUUCUGUAGUAUCCAUGUUCUUGCUUGCCAGGCAGGCAUUUUUAUUUGUGCUAACUAUAUAUAUAUAUAUAUUUUUAAGUGGGUACACCCAAGGUCUCGUAUUUAACAUGGUGUAUUUAUAUUUCCACUAUUCUUUUCUUAAUUUUAUUUGAUCAAGGCAGUGACCUUGUACUUCUUAUUUAUCGUGCCAGACUACUUCAAGUGCAUACAACAUUUUAAUACUUGCAGCGGUAUAGCAGAUGUGAUAUUUUGAGUGUGUGACAAGUAGUUAGGUCAUUUUACAAUUUUUACGCACUGUUGAUUUUAACGCAGUGUUUCAAGAGAGUACAGUCAGAUAAUCCUGCUACGGUAUGAUGUCAGGACAGGAAAUCUUUGUCAACCACAAACGCACAAUUUGUGGCAUUUCAUUCUGCCUGAGCACAAAUUGCUCACCUGUUAUUGCAGGUGAAACUGCUUCAACUGUUUCCCCACAGGUUGUUGCUGUUCGUGUCAUUGUAGGGUUUCAGAUAUGGCUGUGCGCACAAUUUUGUAUGUAUAAUAAUGUCUGUUGUGACAUUCCUCAUGAGUAGUCUUUUUUUUUUUUUUAGACAGGCACGUGAACCACAGUAGAAGUUUUGUCGAGUGUCCUCUAGUCAGCAACAGUGUUUCUUAUGUAAUAUUUACUGGUGUUGAAAUGUUUUAGGACUGCCUAAAUUAAAUGAAUCUGAGCCAUGAAAAUUUACAUGCCAUAUUUACUCAUGUAUAAACACACUUUUCUUUCACAAAAUCCAGCUCGAAGUUUGGGGUGCGUUCAUUACGAGGGGUAAAAUUUUGGGCUCACAUGCUGUCGCAUUAAAUUUGAAUGUAUGUCAAGAGUAUGGCUACUCUGACAACAUUUACCAAUAAACGCAGUAGCGUAAAAAUGCACCGACAAUUUCAAUACCACCUAAUGCGAAAUUUUAGAGCAGCUCUAUACGUGUUUUCAUGUCACAAUAUGUUGGCUGGCACGGACAGUCUGUCUCGUGCGGCAGGUUGCAAAUGGAGUGAAUUGUUGCAAAACAAGUAAUAUUCAAACAAGAGGAUACCGGUGAGCAGAAUCGGCGAUCGGUAGAAAUCUGAUGUGCGGGUCGAGCACGUCAGCUUUUAUAUGUGACCUGUCGAAGGUUCCAGUGUAAUUGCGUGGCCUCCAGAAAGUGCUACACAAUUCACAUCAUGCAUGCAAUCAGAUUACAAAUACUACGGCGCCAUCACCUAGUCUCGUGUGGCACUGUGCUUUCCUCCUCACCCUUUUGACAUACUCUCCCCCUUCACUUUCCACCUCAUGCUUUCACUGUAGCCUUCUCCUCCGCUUCCCUCUUUGCUCUCUCGUCUUUUAUCUCCCG